CUCUUGUGUUUGUGCAUGCAUUGUAGAGCCUCUACAGGUUGGACGUGUUUGUAAGGAUAAAGUCUCUUUACAUAACCUCCAAUGGUAAGCCUCAUUUUAAUGCUCAUGUAUAGUUUAUUAAGUAAGUGUUUUAAUAUGAAAGUGUAACUAAUCUAUUCUCAGAAAUCCAGCAGACUGAUCCUUAGUGAGGGAGGACUUCGAUUGAGACACCUCACGUUUGUCUGAGCUGAACGCGCACACACACACACACACACACACAGAGACACAGAGGGAGAGAGAGGGGGAAAGAGAGGGAGAGAGAGGGGGGGUUGUCCCAUAUCGUCGUUGCUAUAACUACCUUUUGUUACAACAGGCGGUGAUGAAGCCGCGUCUGUAGGCGACAAACCUCGGAUACACAACUGAUGCUCUUCACCCCCUCCCCUCACCUCACCCCCCACCCCUAAAAAAAAGAGAAACCAUCGAGGAGGAGCGGGAGAGGAGGAUUUCCAAUCGAGCGUCGUGAGAACGAAAAAAGAGCGAAAGGGAGACUAAUAAAAUCUCAAACUUCGCAGGAAACCGCAGAUCCCGUCGGGUUGGAGUGAAGGUGCGUGCGUGAGAUCGGGGGACCUGGUGCGCGUCGCGGGGCUAUGGUGAGGCGAUGUGCGCGGGCCGGCGUGAGGAGAGACGUACCGGCUUCAGCGGACAAGGGCCGCGAGGCGACCGGGUGGAUCUUCAGUCGUGGCUGCGCGUCUCGCUCCUGCUCUCGGCUCUGUGGGGUCAGGUGUCCCCCCGUUGCCCUGACAGCUGCCACUGCGCCUGGGACACGGCCACGGUUGUGUGCUCCGAGGCGGGGCUUCGGGAGAUCCCGGAGGGGAUCCCGCCGGAGACAGUCUCCCUCCACUUGGAACGCAACUACAUCCGGAGCAUCCCGGAGAGGGCCUUCAGCGACCUGGUCCACCUGCGGGACCUCUACCUGUCCCACAACCGCAUCGACUCGCUCGCCUCGGGGGCCCUGCGGCACCUGGGGCCUGAGCUGCGCCUGCUGGACCUCUCGCACAACCAGCUGAGGCAGGCCAGCCGGGAGGAGUUCGGCUCCACCCGCGCGAAGACGCGCCUCUACCACAACCCGUGGCACUGCGACUGCGCCCUCCAGGAGCUGAUGGAGACCUUGAACCUGGAGCCGGAGACGGUCAACGGCAUCGUGUGCGAGAGCUCCGUGCGGGGGUUGGGCGAGGGGAGCCGGUGGGAGGACCCGGGGUCACAGGGCGAGAACGCCGGGCAGCAGCUGGUCAAACUGUUGGAUUCCGGGGUGAAUUUCUGCAGCCUGCAGAGGAAAACCACGGAUGUCGCGAUGCUGGUGACAAUGUUCGUGUGGUUCUUCAUGGUCAUCGUGUACGUGGUGUACUACGUGAGGCAGAACCAAGCAGAGGCCCGCAGGCAUUUGGAGUACCUGAAGAGUUUGCCCAGCCCCCGCAAGACCCCCACGGAGACAGACACUCUGAGCACUGGCUUCUGAACUCCCGCUCGGCUGUUAUUUAAAUGGAACAAUAGGAAAAUACAUUUUUCGUGAACUACCGAAAAAAUACGGAAUGCCGUGUGGAAUAACUGGAAUUCCACUUCCAUUUCAUGAAUAUAUAUUUGUUUUCUACCAUGUGCACUGAGAGAGAGGAGUGGGAAUUGAAAAACUAAAAUUGCAGCAGAAGCUGAUUGAAAAAAAAGAGAAGAAAAUUCUUUGAAAUUUAGGACCUUCUAUUUCACUCUGUAGUCCCUCUUUCCACCUCUUUUCAUCACCCAGCAUGCCACAGUGUGGUCUUUCAUGUUUCAUUAAACUUGAAUUAAGAGUCUUUGACGAACUGACCCCUAAUGAAGACUUGAAAGUCACUGAUCAGCUGAAGUGGGUACCAGGACAAAAAAAGAAUGCAAAUUUGGUAUGUGUAUUUGGUAUUGCCUGUUUCUUUUGUGCAUUGAAGUGUUUGUGCCUUGCAAAACAAGACCACAUUGCCAGCAGCUUCUGAGCCGCUGCAGAACUGCACAUCUAGAUUUAGUGUCAGGAAGCCAUCAGAGGGGGAGUUGAACCGUUUCGUCGACUCGCUGCAGCAAUCAGCGAUGAAAUAUCUGGACGGCCAAGUGUACACUCAGCUCGUCCACUGAUUAAUAUAAAAAAAAGUGUCAGCCAGAUUUAGAAAGGGAUCCUUGUCAUAAAUUAGAUUCACGUUUCCAUUUAUUCUGAGAGAAGCUGUUUAUUUUUAAUUAAUCUCUUGAGUUCUGCUCUUUGCCAUCCUCCCUGCAGUUAUUGCUGUGUACAAAUUGUUCUGCGUCCCAUUUAUAGUUUGGGCUUCAUCAUAAUUGAUUUUUUUUUUUAAGCCACUGUCAGAAUAGGCAAAACACUUUGAUCAUACGUUGAAUAAUUUUCUCAGCGAGUACAUUUAAUGGCUGCAAUUUGAAGAUUAAUGCCCUGCCUCUCGCGUAUACUGAACAUGCACUUAAUGUAGAACAAAAACCUUAAUGGAUUCACGGCCAUUUUGUGUUGGUUUAACUUAUGUUACGGUGGCACAGUGUGGAGGGUUAUUCUCUGCAGGGCAGGUGGAUUGGGUGGUUAAUGUAUUCACUAGUACAUGUAGACACUGAAAGGCCUCUUGAAAGCCUGCAACACAUAAUGGGGUGUUUAGGACGGCAAGAACUCCGUCAUUCAAUCGGAGGGUUCACAAGAUUAUUUACGGGUUAUUAAAGCGGGAAAAGAAACAUUUGAGUCCUGAAGCAGCUGCCUAGCUCUGUUCAAUGCGUCACAAGCCAAAUGGGUUUGGAGUCGCUGGUGUAAGAGGACGUUAUUUAGCCACGUUAGUAACGGGACUCUAGGAAUGACAAUAUCGGACUGUCAUCAACUACUGGAUGCAUUCGGAUGAAAUUUGGUGCGGGCGUUGACUUUGGCGUUCCCCCCCAAAUUUUUAAGCACCGUCAUUAGUUUAAAAUAGAUAUUUGUCCUAUACUUUGGUUUGUCCCACCGCUUCAACUAUGGGUUACUUUGUGUUGUGUGCUUGCAAAUGUUAGCAUGCUUACUUGUAAACUUCGGGGGUUAACGGCGGUUAAAUCCUACUAAACGUCAUCGUGAGCGUGCUAGCAUGCUGCCGUUAGCGUUUAGCUCAAAACACAGCUGUGCCUAAGUGCUGCCUCCAAGGUUCUGAUUCAUGCGUCUUCAAUCUGGCCCAAAUUAAAUUGUGCAAUUACGACUUAAGUGUUCAUAGAUGUAAUAAAAUGUUAUUGUGCCACAUUUCAUCUAAAAAAAUUGGGUUGGGAAAUGGUAAGAACUUAGGUAAAAUGUAGAAUAAGACAACCUUUUGUGUACUUUAAUGUGCUAAAUGUGAACGUUUGUGUUGUUGUUUAUCAUGAAGAAAUACUGUGAAUUUGAGCUAGAAUCAUUAACCUGUGAGUAGGACGAUAUGUAUGUUGUUAUGAUCUUGUUGUGACUAGCUGAUCUUAAAACCCAGAUUUGGGUUCACCACAGGCGGAAAGAUUAGAAUAAGAAGUUUGGCAUUUGUUGGUUCUGUGCAUAAACUGACUGACUGUGAAACGCUGUAGUGUAUCUUUACAUACAAACCUACAUCUCCUGCUGAUGUGUUUGAAGUUCCCCCAAAUGCAUCUCGAAUCAGUCUUGAGCCACCCUGGAUUUAAUAAGGUGAAUCGAUGCAGAUGAACCCAACCAAGCAUGCCCUCCGUGAAGCUUAUUUCUUCUUAUUGGUGAUGUAUUUUGGGGACGAAAUGAUCAUCAUUUCGGGUUUGUUUGCGAAUAAUAAUUCAAACAAUAAAGUCAUAUAUAUAUCGAAAACCAUUGCAUUUAAUAAGUAAUAUAUCUAACUGAAUUUAAGAAAAGAAAAAAGAAUAUGUUCUUUACUUUGUAUGAAACCGAAGGACAACAAUUGGCUACAAUGAGUUUAAUGUGAAGGAAAUGACCGAAAAACUAUUUUCAAUAUCUAAGAGUACGUGAACUUUCUCCCCCACGUUCACCUCUAUUCCUUGGUUUCCACACAUUUCCACCAACAAAAUCAAAAUGGCCCCUGCAUUUAUUUAUCCCUCUGUUGCCUGUAGCAGGACAUAAAAUGUUUAUGUUGGACUUUGUUUUCCUCUGGAAAGAGUCAGAACCACAAAACUCCCCCAGAUUUAUCUACAAAGGGGAGAACAAAUAAAAAGCACUUUCAGCCUG